GGUAAAAAUGGGAGGUCCUGACAAUGCCGGGCUGGGGGAUUUUUAAACAGGGAUGGCCACUUCGGGCGUGUUCAGCGCUCUCCAACCUCUGUUGAUGUCAUUUUAACGUGUAGCAGAUUCAGUUUUUCUUCUGUUGGGUAACUUGUGGCCACGUGAAGAUUCCUCAGCGCUCAUAAUUUCAGCCGUACUCGCUCCUCACCCUCUUUGAGGGCCUUCUGUCCAACAAGCCUUGUAAACAAAUCCUCUCUCUUUUCAGUAAAUAGUUAUUUUUAAAACAUCUCACAUAAAAUGCUGCAGGCCCACUGAUGGUGGUGGUGGUGUCCCUUGCGGAUUCUACUUUGUAGUCUGAAUUGUUUGCUCGUCUCGUGACACCAGGAGUAGGUGAGCUUAAAUGGACUUAAAGCAGUAAAACCACAACCGAUGAGUCUUGUAGGAAUAAACUGCUUGCCUGCAGCGCUAAACCUUCAGCCCUUUGAUUCAAGAGUGUCUGCUGUUGUAAAACUUAAUGGAAGAAUAGUUUCCUGGAUGUUUCAAGAAGCAAAAUUCAAGUGCUCCAUGGUGGCUUCUCUGUUGGCACGCGGGUAUUUUCAGCAACUGUUUCAUAUCAGGGUAGUCCUAGUCAUUGCUUUAAAGUAACUUCUUUUUUUGUGUAGCUUCAGCCCUUGUUUGUUCCUUACAGUGGCUUUUGAGGAAACAAAACACAGCUGUACUACUUACCCCAGCCACUAAAAGGAGCCACUUAACGUGCGUCCCUUUUUUAUCUCAAAAGUGAUGCUAAAAACUUUAUAUUUUAUGUAGCUUAUAAUUAAUGGUGUUCCUUAUCUAUAAAGCCCAUGUUAAAUAAGGUGAAUUAAUUAAUUUCUCUUGCUAGCACUAGAUUGGCCUCUCUCUUUGGUCUGGAUCAAACAGUCUCAAGCCAUGGAAAUGAAUUCUUCCAGUAUACCGCACCAAAGCAGCCUAAGAAGGGGCAAAUGGCAGCUGCAGGUCAAGCAGCCCAGAAGGUGCCUGCGGCCCCAGCAGCUUCAGGAGCACCAUCGGUGUUCGUGGCCACUGCGGUUCACGCUUAUCGAUAUGUAAAUGGGCAGUACUUGAAGCAAGGCAAGUAUGGAGCAGCUGUAGUGGGGAACCAUGCCACUAAAGAGUACAGGAUCCUCCUUUACAUCAGUCAGCAGCAACAGAUCACAACUGCAAGGAUCCACCCAGGCUUCAUACUCACGGUUCAACCCAACAAUUACAGUACCUUCUAUGAUGAUCAGAGACAAAACUGGUCCAUCAUGUUUGAGUCAGAAAAGGCAGCAAUGGAUUUCAGUAAGCAGGUAUGCAUUGCCAAAUGCAACAGCUCCCCAGUGCUCAAUUCAGUCCUCUACCAGGAUCUUGUUCUUGGAGAAGGGCAGGGAGUAGAAGGAGGAGACUCUCUGGAGAUUGCCUAUACAGGUUGGCUGUUCCAGAACAACGGGCCUGGACAGGUGUUUGACUCAAACGUUAACAAGGACAAGCUGUUGCGGUUAAAGCUGGGAUCUGGAAAGGUCAUCAAGGGCUGGGAAGAAGGAAUGAUGGGGAUGAAGAAAGGAGGACGAAGGUAUCUCAUUAUUCCUCCGGCGUGGGCCUACGGGACUCAGGGAGUGGCUGGCCGUGUCCCUUCAGACUCUACUCUAGUUUUUGAGGUGGAAGUUAGGCGGGUGAAGUUGGUAAAGGAAUGCUCUGGUUCGGAUGGACAGAGUGUUAGUUCAAGGGAUUCUCCUGCACCUUCACCGGUACCCAAUUCAGACGGCUUCUCUGCAGACACUGGUUUAUUGCCUCCAUCCAUGAUACCUCCAAAGCCUGGGGAGCCAGCUGUUCGGGCCAAGUCAAACUCCAUCAGUGAACAGCUAGCGAAUCCAGAUGUAGCAAAGGCAAAGCUAAUUUCUCGGAUGGCUAAAAUGGGACAGCCCAUGCUGCCUUUCCUUGCCGGGACAGCAGGUAGUCAACUUGACUCCAGUGACUCGGAAAUAGAGGAUCCAAAUACACUGAGAGGGACAGCACAGCCAGUGACUUCAUCUUCCAUGAGACCAUCACAGCCAGCUCAUGCAGUACUGCCCACAGUGUCAACACAAGUACCUCAAGCAUCUGGUUCUACACCACUAGUAUCUUCUGCUGCUUUAGUACCUGCAACGAUCCAGUCCCAUUCAGCUCUGCCUGGAGGAACACAGGGUUUUCAGGCAUAUCCAGGAAUGGCAUUUGCUUACACCCAAACUGCUGCAUCUGCUUCUCAACUCCAGCCCGUAGGACAGAUGUAUCCUGCACCUUACCAAGCACCUGGGGAUGUUACUUCCUUUUUGAUGACAGAAGCUCGGCAGCAUAACACUGAAAUCCGAAUGGCUGUCAGCAAAGUAGUAGAUAAAAUGGAUCAUCUGGCUGCCAAGGUGGAGGAGUUGAAGAAACAAAACACCAGUAACAGCUCACUAUUGCCUGGUAUCUCCUCUGUUACUAUGGAAGCUUCCAUGAUCAUGAGCAAUAUCCAGCGCAUAAUCCAGGAGAAUGAGAGACUGAAGCAAGAGAUAUUUGAGAAGAGCAGUCGGAUUGAGGAGCAGAAUGAGAAGAUCAGCGAGUUGAUUGAGCGGAAUCAGAGAUAUGUCGAACAAAGUAACUUGCUAAUGGAGCAGAGGAACCAUUCACUGCAAACGACAAAUGAAAACACGCAGGCAAGAGUGUUGCAUGCAGAACAGGAGAAGGCCAAAGUUGCAGAGGAGUUAGCAGCGGCCACAGCACAGGUUUCCCAACUGCAGCUGGAGCUGACUGCCCACCAGAAGAAGGAAAUGGACCUGCGGAAGCAGCUGUCUGCUGCCCUGCAGGAGGCAGAGCGGCAUGAGAUGCAGCUCAACAAACUGCAAGCACAGGUAGCAGAGCUCCAAGAAGCCUCUGAAGACACUCAGACUAGAUUCAAAGCUGAGAAGCAGAGCCGCAAACAGCUGGACAUGAAGAUUACAGCAUUGGAAGAAGAGCUAACGGACCUAAAAGUAGAAAAGGAAACUCUUGAAAGGAAUCUUGCAGAGAGGAAGAAGAAAUCCCUCUCGGAGAGAGCUCGAGCAGAGGAAGAGAUGGAAGAAAUACGCAGAUCAUACCAGCAGGAACUGGACAAGCUUCGACAGUUACUGAAAAAGGCACGGACUUCAACUGACCAGGCAGCAGCAGAGCAGCUAUCGCUCAUCCAGGCAGAGCUGGAAUCCCAGUGGGAGGCCAAAUGUGAGCGUACGCUGGCCUCGGCCAAGGAGCAGCACAGUAGACAGUACCAGGAGGUGUGUGAGCAGAGAGAUUCCCUGCAGCAGCAGGUGUCCCAGCUGGAAGAGAAGCUCACGGCUCUAAAACACUCAAAAAAAACAGAGGAGCAAAAAUUGUCAGAGUUUCAGCAACGUUUGGAGCAACUAGAGCCUAUCAAAGAGAAGUAUUCAGCCUUGCAGUCUGAUGUUGUGGUGCUGAAGGCUCGCUAUGAAGAACGCAUCCGAGACCUGGAGAAGGACCAGGACGGAUCUUCACCUGCAGAUUUCACAGAAGAAGUAAAGAAGAUAAUGAAUGGUGUAUUUCAGUCUCUUCGGGGUGAAUUUGAGCUGGAAGAGACAUACAGUGGCAGAACAGUUCUGGGUGUUGUCAUGAACACUAUUAAGACUGUGACACUGCAGCUACUCAACAGGCAGCAGGAGAGACCAGAUCGUGACAGUAAAAAAGGGGAAUCCGGAACAGGAGCAAUGAGACAGGAGGGAUCACCUGGAGCAAAGACUGACCAUGAAGAGCCCUUGCGGCAUAGCCCAGCACAGUCUCUUGCAUUCCCAUCUGAUCCUGGGGAAGCAACCACAGGCUCUAUGGUGUCUGACCAGGAAGGCGAGUCUGCUCUUCUGUCUGUCGGGCCCAGAACUCCAGAGGAGGAGCAGGCGACACAGAGUGUUGCAGUGGCAGAAGAUGAGAAGCUCCAGGGGGAGCAUCUCCCUUCCCCAGCUGAGUCCUGCCCAGAUCCUGAUAAGGGGCCUGCACUUGCAGGACAGCCUGUUCCCGGGAUGGGUGAGGACUUUGUCCCAGCUGAGCAAAGGCAGCAGAGCAGUCCCAUCAAGAAUGCUGAACGCAGCCCCUCCAGAAUAUCUCUGCAGGCAGAAGUUCCAGAACAUUCUGUUCUUGAAGCCAAGCCAGGAGAAGCAAAUGUGGCAGUGCUUCCAGAAAAGCUGGCAGAGGAGCCUGUGGGAGGUUUAGAGCCCCCUCCCUUAAACGGUGAGGGAGGGAACUGCACAGACCCAUCGGAUGGAGCUAGCUCUGAGGAGCCUGCUUCAGUGUCCAACACAGCAGAGCCGAGCUCAGCUAUCAUCCGAGAAACCCCAGGACAGCAGGAAGUGGGCUCCAGCCACAGGCAAAAAGAUUCCAGCCUCUUUGAGGAUGACAACUUCUUUGAAACAGCGUCUCAUAAACCACUGAAGCCCCGAGUUCCCUCUGAAGAGGAGGAUGAGGAGGAAGUGAGCAUGAAAGGGCGACCCCCUCCAGCUCCGCUCUUCGGUGACGAUGAUGAUGAUGAUCCAGAUUGGCUGGGAUGAAGAGCUGGCUGGUGAGCCUGCAAACCCUCUCCUCUGGGCAUGGCCUCUUCCUGAGCACUUAGUGCUUAAUGAGCUGCGUACGUGGGACAGUUGUGAACAACCAGGGACUUUCAAGGCUCUUGUACUGGAGACACGGGGCCUGAGAGCAAGGGGCUCUUUUUGCACUGGUGGGCACUCAGACCCGUCAUUCUGACCUGAUAAACAUGCGCAGAGGUUGGGGAUGAGCUGAAGGAACCAAAUGGUCUUACUGCACGUUUGUAUUGCUGUCCUACUUCUGUGAACCCUUGUUUCGUUAAUCUGAAACUUUAUGCAAAUAUGAACUUUGUGAAGUGCUUCAGAAGAAUAAGUCUGGCAGGAGCCUGCAGUAGGUAACUACUUUUUUAAAAAAAAAAAACCAGACUAAAAUCUCUCCUCCUUCCCCAAUGAAGAUCAUCUUGGAAUAUUUCUCUUGGUCCCCAGGGUGGCUCCCAGGGACUCUACGCCAUCUCAUCACCACUAUCAGCAACGUGCGCUGGGAGAUUUGGCCGAGAGGCCCCAGGCAGGCGUUUCCCGUCCGCCAGCAGCUCUGCCAGGGCAGCUGGUGGCCACCCCAGGGGCUGCAGCAGUUCAGGUCGGCCCUGGUGUACGUUCAGAGCUGUGGCACGCGUAGUGCUUGCUGACCCACAGCCUGCUCUGGGCAGGGGCACCCAUGAGCGGGACUGAAAGCCAGGGCUCUGUUAGACCCAUGCUCCAAGCACAGGAGUAGUAUUGAGUAUUUGCUGCUGUCAGAAGCCAAAUCCCCAGCUGUGUUUUAUGGAGGAGCCUGAGGCUGGCAGAGGCCUCCUGGAAAUGAUCCCCUGGGCAGCCUGUGGGGCCAGCGCCUCUUUUCUCUGUGGCCAGAGCUGAGUUGUGUCUCGCAAGCAGUGAAAGUAGCAAUACAGGUGUGUAACGUGGUUCUUGUCCAGAGAGCAAGCCAAGCCCCUCUCCUGUGCCUUUUUCUCUGCUGCUGGUUAAAGUGUGACAAGUUAAAGCUCAGUGAUGGUGGGACACGAGCUAUAACCCAGCUUCACCUGGCUCUGCUGGGCAGCCGGGGCCUGGGGUAAAACUUUUCAGUCUUAAGUGGAUCAAGAGGGGAAAGCAGUGAGGACAGAUGGCUGGGCAGACACGCUGGAUUGCUCAGAGCACUUGCACACUCAUUGGCACUAACGCAACUUAAAACUAUGAGCAGAUCUUUGUGUCUUUAAAACAAGUAACCCCCCCUUCACUUAAUAAAAUGGAAGUGCUUAAAAUAAGUCUACUUGAGUUUAGUUUCUACAACUGCCUCUUAUCUCUGAACUGAACUUGAUCUGUGUCCCCAUAAAUGUGAUUUCUUGGGAGAAAAAAGAAAAGAGCGCUGGGCCUUCCUGUUCCAGAGCGUGGUAGGUCCCUGUCCCUGCAUGCUCAGUGUGGCAAAUUGCCCAAUGCAGCUGAAAUUGUGGAAGAGACCAAAGCCUGUGCCACAGCUGCCUGGCUGCUGUGCAGACACUUCUCUUGCAGGGUGAACCUGGCUGGGGUUUCCUGGGGAGCUGCUCCAGAAGUCAAAGCACUGAAUAGUUAUUUGGUGCUGAAUGUGACAGCGUGUGAAACCCAGAUUUUCUGGGGCUCCCCUUCCCUGUGCUGGGCUGAGUGUAGGUACCCAGUGUGGCCUCUGGAACCCCCAUCUGCUGCAGUGUCCUACUGGAGGUCGUUGCUAAUACUAACAAAUUCCACUUCUUGUUUCCUGUU